AUGGCGCCUAAGAGAAUCGGAGCCGGUAGAGAAUCGAGCAUAUUGGCGAAGAUUUCAAACUCGGAGAUCGUCUCUCAGGGGAGACGCUCCGCGUGCGACGCCGUCUACGUGUCGAAGAAGCUGUUACGAAGUACAGGGAAAGCGGCUUGGUUCGCCGGCACGACUGUUCUAAUCCUCGUCGUCCCUUUGAUCAUCCAGACGGAGCGAGAUCAGAUGUUAGGCGAGAUAGAGUUUCAGCAAGCCAGCUUCCUCGGACCAACACCGGCCGGUGUGCUACAGUAA